AUGGCAGCGGUCAUGUCGCCGACGAUGGAGACGGUCUCUCCAGCGACUUCUUCAUCACCGGUAUCCUCCCCGUCCUCGAAUCCAAACCAUCCGCCAUUACCGCCGCUGAUCACAUCACCGCCUUCGCGCCGGUCAAUCUUGCAACGACCUACCUCAUAUGCGUCGAAAAACAGAUUAUCACAAUAUUCGACUAAUUCCAUCCCUUCAAGAUCACGGCCACCAUCGCACAUAUUCCCGGUGUUCCAUUCGAGUUUACCUUACACAACCGUCCGAGACUUUGCCUAUCCAGUAACACACCCUAUGCACUAUGGCCCGCCCCCAGAGCCAUCACAACCGCAGUCUGGUUUCUCGACACCCGCGAGCGAAUCGAAGCGACUCUCGGAUCCGCCAACUCCAUGGGAUAGCAGGGGCGGCUGGGCAGCUGGCCCAUGGGGAAGUGAUGAUCGCCUCUCGAGAGGGGAGCAGUUAGCGCCUAUACAUUUUGGCGACGGCCCGCCAUGGAGUGAGGAUGAAGAUCUUCAAAGCCCUGUUGUUGUCAGUUCGCGGCACAGAAAACACAAAUCAUCAAGCAGUGCAUUUGGAGGAAUUGGCCAGGGACGCGGUAGAGGACGGGCUCGCAGAGAAGACGGGGAGAGGACUGCGAGUAUGCUGAGCCAAGAAAAUUAUGAGCAUGACCGAGGCUACUUUGUUGGUACUGGUGGCGACGGCAGCGAGAGAUAUUACGUGAAUGAAGGUGACGAGGCUGAUGGACCAGGAGGGGAUAUUGUGACAUAUCCUCCAGAACAGGCUCGACACUCCACACUGGCGCCAUAUAAUGUACCAGGACAGCGAGAUUCACAUUUUGCUACAACGCUACCAAGCAGAUCCUAUACCGAUGAAGCGGGUGUCGAGUUUCGAUCAGAAUCAGAGACCUCGAGCCAAGCAUCUUCUCCAGGAUUAACACGUAAUGAUGAGUCUCGAUACUCGAGGGAUUACCAAUUUACCAUUGCAUCACCCGACGAAGAAAUGCAUGGGAAGGCUGUGGCACUUUUCGAUUUUCAGCGAGAAAAUGAGAAUGAGCUCCCAUUGGUAGAAGGACAAGUGAUCUGGGUAUCUUAUCGACAUGGUCAAGGUUGGCUGGUGGCUGAGGAUCCAAGAACUCGAGAAAGCGGAUUGGUCCCAGAAGAAUAUGUUCGAUUAUUAAGAGAUAUUCAAGGAGGAUUGAAUAGUCUGGUGGCAGCUCAACCAGGAGAGCAGUUGUUAAGCCCCGUAGGUCCUGACUCUGGAACGCCUACACAAGCAGAGCAUGGCCAAGCACAAGCACACACACCAGACCCCGAGCAAGCUCAAGCACGCGGGCACGCACCUCAGCCUAGUAAUGGGGCAAACGGAUAUCAGCAGCCUAUCGUCUCUACGUUUUCGACCUCUUCUGCGGAUCUACACCCUUAUCCACAACAUCUGUUGGGCACACAAGCCGGCCAAGCUCCCCCUCAAGUUAUCCAUUAUCAUGGGCAACGCGGGGGAAGCCAAGCCAACACUCCGACCCUACCAACAUCUCAGGAAGGUUCCCACGAUCGAGCCAGCAGCCAGGACCCAAAAAAUCGGAGGAAAGAUGACAGCUCUAAUACCACGCCUAUUGCCACUCUUCCAGGUGCCAAACUGGAAGCCACAGCUUUACGAGAAUCCGACAGUCCGGAAAGUGAUACAACUGGUGAAUCAGUGGGGGAGGAGAAAGAAGCUGCGACAUCCUAG